GUGUGUGCUUGUGAGGUGUGUGCUUGUGAGGUGUGUGCUUGUGAGGUGUGUGCUUGUGAGGUGUGUGCUUGUGAGGUGUGUGCUUGUGCGGUGUGUGCUUGUGAGGUGUGUGCUUGUGAGGUGUGUGCUUGUGAGGUGUGUGCUUGUGAGGUGUGUGCUUGUGAGGUGUGUGCUUGUGAGGUGUGUGCUUGUGAGGUGUGUGCUUGUGAGGUGUGUGCUUGUGAGGUGUGUGCUUGUGCGGUGUGUGCUUGUGAGGUGUGUGCUUGUGAGGUGUGUGCUUGUGAGGUGUGUGCUUGUGAGGUGUGUGCUUGUGAGGUGUGUGCUUGUGAGGUGUGUGCUUGUGAGGUGUGUGCUUGUGCGGUGUGUGCUUGUGAGGUGUGUGCUUGUGAGGUGUGUGCUUGUGCGGUGCGUGCUUGUGAGGUGUGUGCUUGUGAGGUGUGUGAUUGUGAGGUGUGUGCUUGUGAGGUGUGUGCUUGUGAGGUGUGUGCUUGUGAGGUGUGUGCUUGUGAGGUGUGUGCUUGUGAGGUGUGUGCUUGUGCGGUGUGUGCUUGUGAGGUGUGUGCUUGUGAGGUGUGUGCUUGUGAGGUGUGUGCUUGUGAGGUGUGUGCUUGUGAGGUGUGUGCUUGUGAGGUGUGUGCUUGUGAGGUGUGUGCUUGUGAGGUGUGUGCUUGCGAGGUGUGUGCUUGUGAGGUGUGUGCUUGUGAGGUGUGUGCUUGUGCGGUGUGUGCUUGUGAGGUGUGUGCUUGUGAGGUGUGUGCUUGUGAGGUGUGUGCUUGUGAGGUGUGUGCUUGUGAGGUGUGUGCUUGUGAGGUGUGUGCUUGUGAGGUGUGUGCUUGUGAGGUGUGUGCUUGUGAGGUGUGUGCUUGUGAGGUGUGUGCUUGUGAGGUGUGUGCUUGUGCGGUGUGUGCUUGUGAGGUGUGUGCUUGUGAGGUGUGUGCUUGUGCGGUGUGUGCUUGUGAGGUGUGUGCUUGUGCGGUGUGUGCUUGUGAGGUGUGUGCUUGUGAGGUGUGUGCUUGUGAGGUGUGUGCUUGUGAGGUGUGUGCUUGUGCGGUGUGUGCUUGUGAGGUGUGUGCUUGUGAGGUGUGUGCUUGUGAGGUGUGUGCUUGUGCGGUGUGUGCUUGUGAGGUGUGUGCUUGUGAGGUGUGUGCUUGUGAGGUGUGUGCUUGUGAGGUGUGUGCUUGUGAGGUGUGUGCUUGUGAGGUGUGUGCUUGUGAGGUGUGUGCUUGUGAGGUGUGUGCUUGUGAGGUGUGUGCUUGUGAGGUGUGUGCUUGUGAGGUGUGUGCUUGUGAGGUGUGUGCUUGUGAGGUGUGUGCUUGUGAGGUGUGUGCUUGUGAGGUGUGUGCUUGUGAGGUGUGUGCUUGUGAGGUGUGUGCUUGUGAGGUGUGUGCUUGUGAGGUGUGUGCUUGUGAGGUGUGUGCUUGUGAGGUGUGUGCUUGUGAGGUGUGUGCUUGUGAGGUGUGUGCUUGUGAGGUGUGUGCUUGUGAGGUGUGUGCUUGUGAGGUGUGUGCUUGUGAGGUGUGUGCUUGUGAGGUGUGUGCUUGUGAGGUGUGUGCUUGUGAGGUGUGUGCUUGUGAGGUGUGUGCUUGUGAGGUGUGUGCUUGUGAGGUGUGUGCUUGUGAGGUGUGUGCUUGUGAGGUGUGUGCUUGUGAGGUGUGUGCUUGUGCGGUGUGUGCUUGUGAGGUGUGUGCUUGUGAGGUAUGUGCUUGUGAGGUGUGUGCUUGUGAGGUGUGUGCUUGUGAGGUGUGUGCUUGUGAGGUGUGUGCUUGUGAGGUGUGUGCUUGUGAGGUGUGUGCUUGUGAGGUGUGUGCUUGUGAGGUGUGUGCUUGUGAGGUGUGUGCUUGUGAGGUGUGUGCUUGUGAGGUGUGUGCUUGUGAGGUGUGUGCUUGUGAGGUGUGUGCUUGUGAGGUGUGUGCUUGUGAGGUGUGUGCUUGUGAGGUGUGUGCUUGUGAGGUGUGUGCUUGUGAGGUGUGUGCUUGUGCGGUGUGUGCUUGUGAGGUGUGUGCUUGUGAGGUGUGUGCUUGUGCGGUGUGUGCUUGUGAGGUGUGUGCUUGUGCGGUGUGUGCUUGUGAGGUGUGUGCUUGUGAGGUGUGUGCUUGUGAGGUGUGUGCUUGUGAGGUGUGUGCUUGUGAGGUGUGUGCUUGUGAGGUGUGUGCUUGUGCGGUGUGUGCUUGUGAGGUGUGUGCUUGUGCGGUGUGUGCUUGUGAGGUGUGUGCUUGUGAGGUGUGUGCUUGUGCGGUGUGUGCUUGUGAGGUGUGUGCUUGUGAGGUGUGUGCUUGUGAGGUGUGUGCUUGUGAGGUGUGUGCUUGUGAGGUGUGUGCUUGUGAGGUGUGUGCUUGUGCGGUGUGUGCUUGUGAGGUGUGUGCUUGUGAGGUGUGUGCUUGUGAGGUGUGUGCUUGUGAGGUGUGUGCUUGUGCGGUGUGUGCUUGUGAGGUGUGUGCUUGUGAGGUGUGUGCUUGUGCGGUGUGUGCUUGUGAGGUGUGUGCUUGUGCGGUGUGUGCUUGUGAGGUGUGUGCUUGUGAGGUGUGUGCUUGUGAGGUGUGUGCUUGUGAGGUGUGUGCUUGUGCGGUGUGUGCUUGUGAGGUGUGUGCUUGUGAGGUGUGUGCUUGUGCGGUGUGUGCUUGUGAGGUGUGUGCUUGUGAGGUGUGUGCUUGUGAGGUGUGUGCUUGUGAGGUGUGUGCUUGUGAGGUGUGUGCUUGUGAGGUGUGUGCUUGUGAGGUGUGUGCUUGUGAGGUGUGUGCUUGUGAGGUGUGUGCUUGUGCGGUGUGUGCUUGUGAGGUGUGUGCUUGUGCGGUGUGUGCUUGUGAGGUGUGUGCUUGUGAGGUGUGUGCUUGUGAGGUGUGUGCUUGUGAGGUGUGUGCUUGUGAGGUGUGUGCUUGUGAGGUGUGUGCUUGUGAGGUGUGUGCUUGUGAGGUGUGUGCUUGUGAGGUGUGUGCUUGUGCGGUGUGUGCUUGUGAGGUGUGUGCUUGUGAGGUGUGUGCUUGUGAGGUGUGUGCUUGUGAGGUGUGUGCUUGUGAGGUGUGUGCUUGUGAGGUGUGUGCUUGUGAGGUGUGUGCUUGUGAGGUGUGUGCUUGUGAGGUGUGUGCUUGUGAGGUGUGUGCUUGUGAGGUGUGUGCUUGUGCGGUGUGUGCUUGUGAGGUGUGUGCUUGUGAGGUGUGUGCUUGUGCGGUGUGUGCUUGUGAGGUGUGUGCUUGUGCGGUGUGUGCUUGUGAGGUGUGUGCUUGUGAGGUGUGUGCUUGUGAGGUGUGUGCUUGUGCGGUGUGUGCUUGUGAGGUGUGUGCUUGUGAGGUGUGUGCUUGUGAGGUGUGUGCUUGUGAGGUGUGUGCUUGUGAGGUGUGUGCUUGUGAGGUGUGUGCUUGUGAGGUGUGUGCUUGUGAGGUGUGUGCUUGUGAGGUGUGUGCUUGUGCGGUGUGUGCUUGUGAGGUGUGUGCUUGUGAGGUGUGUGCUUGUGAGGUGUGUGCUUGUGAGGUGUGUGCUUGUGAGGUGUGUGCUUGUGAGGUGUGUGCUUGUGAGGUGUGUGCUUGUGAGGUGUGUGCUUGUGAGGUGUGUGCUUGUGAGGUGUGUGCUUGUGCGGUGCGUGCUUGUGCGGUGUGUGCUUGUGAGGUGUGUGAUUGUGAGGUGUGUGCUUGUGCGGUGUGUGCUUGUGAGGUGUGUGCUUGUGCGGUGUGUGCUUGUGAGGUGUGUGCUUGUGAGGUGUGUGCUUGUGAGGUGUGUGCUUGUGAGGUGUGUGCUUGUGAGGUGUGUGCUUGUGAGGUGUGUGCUUGUGAGGUGUGUGCUUGUGCGGUGUGUGAUUGUGAGGUGUGUGCUUGUGCGGUGUGUGCUUGUGAGGUGUGUGCUUGUGAGGUGUGUGCUUGCGAGGUGUGUGCUUGUGAGGUGUGUGCUUGUGAGGUGUGUGCUUGUGCGGUGUGUGCUUGUGAGGUGUGUGCUUGUGAGGUGUGUGCUUGUGAGGUGUGUGCUUGUGAGGUGUGUGCUUGUGAGGUGUGUGCUUGUGAGGUGUGUGCUUGUGAGGUGUGUGCUUGUGAGGUGUGUGCUUGUGAGGUGUGUGCUUGUGAGGUGUGUGCUUGUGAGGUGUGUGCUUGUGCGGUGUGUGCUUGUGAGGUGUGUGCUUGUGAGGUGUGUGCUUGUGCGGUGUGUGCUUGUGAGGUGUGUGCUUGUGCGGUGUGUGCUUGUGAGGUGUGUGCUUGUGAGGUGUGUGCUUGUGAGGUGUGUGCUUGUGAGGUGUGUGCUUGUGCGGUGUGUGCUUGUGAGGUGUGUGCUUGUGAGGUGUGUGCUUGUGAGGUGUGUGCUUGUGCGGUGUGUGCUUGUGAGGUGUGUGCUUGUGAGGUGUGUGCUUGUGAGGUGUGUGCUUGUGAGGUGUGUGCUUGUGAGGUGUGUGCUUGUGAGGUGUGUGCUUGUGAGGUGUGUGCUUGUGAGGUGUGUGCUUGUGAGGUGUGUGCUUGUGAGGUGUGUGCUUGUGAGGUGUGUGCUUGUGAGGUGUGUGCUUGUGAGGUGUGUGCUUGUGAGGUGUGUGCUUGUGAGGUGUGUGCUUGUGAGGUGUGUGCUUGUGAGGUGUGUGCUUGUGAGGUGUGUGCUUGUGAGGUGUGUGCUUGUGAGGUGUGUGCUUGUGAGGUGUGUGCUUGUGAGGUGUGUGCUUGUGAGGUGUGUGCUUGUGAGGUGUGUGCUUGUGAGGUGUGUGCUUGUGAGGUGUGUGCUUGUGAGGUGUGUGCUUGUGAGGUGUGUGCUUGUGAGGUGUGUGCUUGUGAGGUGUGUGCUUGUGAGGUGUGUGCUUGUGAGGUGUGUGCUUGUGAGGUGUGUGCUUGUGAGGUGUGUGCUUGUGAGGUGUGUGCUUGUGAGGUGUGUGCUUGUGAGGUGUGUGCUUGUGAGGUAUGUGCUUGUGAGGUGUGUGCUUGUGAGGUGUGUGCUUGUGAGGUGUGUGCUUGUGAGGUGUGUGCUUGUGAGGUGUGUGCUUGUGAGGUGUGUGCUUGUGAGGUGUGUGCUUGUGAGGUGUGUGCUUGUGAGGUGUGUGCUUGUGAGGUGUGUGCUUGUGAGGUGUGUGCUUGUGAGGUGUGUGCUUGUGAGGUGUGUGCUUGUGAGGUGUGUGCUUGUGAGGUGUGUGCUUGUGAGGUGUGUGCUUGUGAGGUGUGUGCUUGUGAGGUGUGUGCUUGUGAGGUGUGUGCUUGUGAGGUGUGUGCUUGUGAGGUGUGUGCUUGUGAGGUGUGUGCUUGUGCGGUGUGUGCUUGUGAGGUGUGUGCUUGUGCGGUGUGUGCUUGUGAGGUGUGUGCUUGUGAGGUGUGUGCUUGUGAGGUGUGUGCUUGUGAGGUGUGUGCUUGUGAGGUGUGUGCUUGUGAGGUGUGUGCUUGUGCGGUGUGUGCUUGUGAGGUGUGUGCUUGUGCGGUGUGUGCUUGUGAGGUGUGUGCUUGUGAGGUGUGUGCUUGUGCGGUGUGUGCUUGUGAGGUGUGUGCUUGUGAGGUGUGUGCUUGUGAGGUGUGUGCUUGUGAGGUGUGUGCUUGUGAGGUGUGUGCUUGUGAGGUGUGUGCUUGUGCGGUGUGUGCUUGUGAGGUGUGUGCUUGUGAGGUGUGUGCUUGUGAGGUGUGUGCUUGUGAGGUGUGUGCUUGUGCGGUGUGUGCUUGUGAGGUGUGUGCUUGUGAGGUGUGUGCUUGUGCGGUGUGUGCUUGUGAGGUGUGUGCUUGUGAGGUGUGUGCUUGUGAGGUGUGUGCUUGUGAGGUGUGUGCUUGUGAGGUGUGUGCUUGUGAGGUGUGUGCUUGUGAGGUGUGUGCUUGUGAGGUGUGUGCUUGUGAGGUGUGUGCUUGUGAGGUGUGUGCUUGUGAGGUGUGUGCUUGUGAGGUGUGUGCUUGUGAGGUGUGUGCUUGUGAGGUGUGUGCUUGUGAGGUGUGUGCUUGUGAGGUGUGUGCUUGUGAGGUGUGUGCUUGUGAGGUGUGUGCUUGUGCGGUGUGUGCUUGUGAGGUGUGUGCUUGUGAGGUGUGUGCUUGUGAGGUGUGUGCUUGUGAGGUGUGUGCUUGUGAGGUGUGUGCUUGUGAGGUGUGUGCUUGUGAGGUGUGUGCUUGUGAGGUGUGUGCUUGUGCGGUGUGUGCUUGUGAGGUGUGUGCUUGUGAGGUGUGUGCUUGUGAGGUGUGUGCUUGUGAGGUGUGUGCUUGUGAGGUGUGUGCUUGUGAGGUGUGUGCUUGUGAGGUGUGUGCUUGUGAGGUGUGUGCUUGUGAGGUGUGUGCUUGUGAGGUGUGUGCUUGUGAGGUGUGUGCUUGUGAGGUGUGUGCUUGUGAGGUGUGUGCUUGUGAGGUGUGUGCUUGUGAGGUGUGUGCUUGUGAGGUGUGUGCUUGUGAGGUGUGUGCUUGUGAGGUGUGUGCUUGUGAGGUGUGUGCUUGUGAGGUGUGUGCUUGUGCGGUGUGUGCUUGUGAGGUGUGUGCUUGUGAGGUGUGUGCUUGUGCGGUGUGUGCUUGUGAGGUGUGUGCUUGUGCGGUGUGUGCUUGUGAGGUGUGUGCUUGUGAGGUGUGUGCUUGUGAGGUGUGUGCUUGUGCGGUGUGUGCUUGUGAGGUGUGUGCUUGUGAGGUGUGUGCUUGUGCGGUGUGUGCUUGUGAGGUGUGUGCUUGUGAGGUGUGUGCUUGUGAGGUGUGUGCUUGUGAGGUGUGUGCUUGUGAGGUGUGUGCUUGUGAGGUGUGUGCUUGUGCGGUGUGUGCUUGUGAGGUGUGUGCUUGUGAGGUGUGUGCUUGUGAGGUGUGUGCUUGUGAGGUGUGUGCUUGUGAGGUGUGUGCUUGUGAGGUGUGUGCUUGUGCGGUGUGUGCUUGUGAGGUGUGUGCUUGUGCGGUGUGUGCUUGUGAGGUGUGUGCUUGUGAGGUGUGUGCUUGUGAGGUGUGUGCUUGUGAGGUGUGUGCUUGUGAGGUGUGUGCUUGUGAGGUGUGUGCUUGUGAGGUGUGUGUUUGUGAGGUGUGUGCUUGUGAGGUGUGUGCUUGUGCGGUGUGUGCUUGUGAGGUGUGUGCUUGUGAGGUGUGUGCUUGUGAGGUGUGUGCUUGUGAGGUGUGUGCUUGUGAGGUGUGUGCUUGUGAGGUGUGUGCUUGUGAGGUGUGUGCUUGUGAGGUGUGUGCUUGUGAGGUGUGUGCUUGUGCGGUGUGUGCUUGUGAGGUGUGUGCUUGUGAGGUGUGUGCUUGUGCGGUGUGUGCUUGUGAGGUGUGUGCUUGUGCGGUGUGUGCUUGUGAGGUGUGUGCUUGUGAGGUGUGUGCUUGUGAGGUGUGUGCUUGUGAGGUGUGUGCUUGUGAGGUGUGUGCUUGUGAGGUGUGUGCUUGUGCGGUGUGUGAUUGUGAGGUGUGUGCUUGUGCGGUGUGUGCUUGUGAGGUGUGUGCUUGUGAGGUGUGUGCUUGUGCGGUGUGUGCUUGUGAGGUGUGUGCUUGUGCGGUGUGUGCUUGUGAGGUGUGUGCUUGUGAGGUGUGUGCUUGUGAGGUGUGUGCUUGUGAGGUGUUUGCUUGUACGGUGUGUGCUUGUGAGGUGUGUGCUUGUGAGGUGUGUGCUUGUGAGGUGUGUGCUUGUGAGGUGUGUGAUUGUCAGGUGUGUGCUUGUGAGGUGUGUGCUUGUGAGGUGUGUGCUUGUGAGGUGUGUGCUUGUGAGGUGUGUGCUUGUGAGGUGUGUGCUUGUGAGGUGUGUGCUUGUGAGGUGUGUGCUUGUGAGGUGUGUGCUUGUGAGGUGUGUGCUUGUGAGGUGUGUGCUUGUGAGGUGUGUGCUUGUGAGGUGUGUGCUUGUGCGGUGUGUGCUUGUGAGGUGUGUGCUUGUGAGGUAUGUGCUUGUGAGGUGUGUGCUUGUGAGGUGUGUGCUUGUGAGGUGUGUGCUUGUGAGGUGUGUGCUUGUGAGGUGUGUGCUUGUGAGGUGUGUGCUUGUGAGGUGUGUGCUUGUGAGGUGUGUGCUUGUGAGGUGUGUGCUUGUGAGGUGUGUGCUUGUGAGGUGUGUGCUUGUGAGGUGUGUGCUUGUGAGGUGUGUGCUUGUGAGGUGUGUGCUUGUGAGGUGUGUGCUUGUGAGGUGUGUGCUUGUGAGGUGUGUGCUUGUGAGGUGUGUGCUUGUGAGGUGUGUGCUUGUGAGGUGUGUGCUUGUGAGGUGUGUGCUUGUGAGGUGUGUGCUUGUGAGGUGUGUGCUUGUGAGGUGUGUGCUUGUGAGGUGUGUGCUUGUGAGGUGUGUGCUUGUGAGGUGUGUGCUUGUGAGUUGUGUGCUUGUGAGGUGUGUGCUUGUGAGGUGUGUGCUUGUGAGGUGUGUGCUUGUGAGGUGUGUGCUUGUGAGGUGUGUGCUUGUGAGGUGUGUGCUUGUGCGGUGUGUGCUUGUGAGGUGUGUGCUUGUGAGGUGUGUGCUUGUGAGGUGUGUGCUUGUGCGGUGUGUGCUUGUGAGGUGUGUGCUUGUGAGGUGUGUGAUUGUGAGGUGUGUGCUUGUGAGGUGUGUGCUUGUGCGGUGUGUGCUUGUGAGGUGUGUGCUUGUGAGGUGUGUGCUUGUGAGGUGUGUGCUUGUGCGGUGUGUGCUUGUGAGGUGUGUGAUUGUGAGGUGGGUGAUUCUGACAUCCAUGGCGUGUGGGAGUGGGUGUACUGGAUCUCGCCCCUCACCUACUGCCAGAACGCCUUUUCUGCUAAUGAGUUCCUCGCCCCCCGAUGGGAUGUGCGAUUCUGUCCUGGUCGUCCGGUGCGCUUCGUGGGGUUGGGUGCCCUCUUCUUCUCUCGCUUCGUGGGGUUGGGUGCCCUCUUCUUCUCUCGCUUCGUGGGGUUGGGUGCCCUCUUCUUCUCUCGCUUCGUGGGGUUGGGUGCCCUCUUCUUCUCUCGCUUCGUGGGGUUGGGUGCCCUCUUCUUCUCUCGCUUCGUGGGGUUGGGUGCCCUCUUCUUCUCUCGCUUCGUGGGGUUGGGUGCCCUCCUCUUCUCUCGCUUCGUGGGGUUGGGUGCCCUCCUCUUCUCUCGCUUCGUGGGGUUGGGUGCCCUCCUCUUCUCUCGCUUCGUGGGGUUGGGUGCCCUCCUCUUCUCUCGCUUCGUGGGGUUGGGUGCCCUCCUCUUCUCUCGCUUCGUGGGGUUGGGUGCCCUCCUCUUCUCUCGCUUCGUGGGGUUGGGUGCCCUCCUCUUCUCUCGCUUCGUGGGGUUGGGUGCCCUCCUCUUCUCUCGCUUCGUGGGGUUGGGUGCCCUCCUCUUCUCUCGCUUCGUGGGGUUGGGUGCCCUCCUCUUCUCUCGCUUCGUGGGGUUGGGUGCCCUCCUCUUCUCUCGCUUCGUGGGGUUGGGUGCCCUCCUCUUCUCUCGCUUCGUGGGGUUGGGUGCCCUCCUCUUCUCUCGCUUCGUGGGGUUGGGUGCCCUCCUCUUCUCUCGCUUCGUGGGGUUGGGUGCCCUCCUCUUCUCUCGCUUCGUGGGGUUGGGUGCCCUCCUCUUCUCUCGCUUCGUGGGGUUGGGUGCCCUCCUCUUCUCUCGCUUCGUGGGGUUGGGUGCCCUCCUCUUCUCUCGCUUCGUGGGGUUGGGUGCCCUCCUCUUCUCUCGCUUCGUGGGGUUGGGUGCCCUCCUCUUCUCUCGCUUCGUGGGGUUGGGUGCCCUCCUCUUCUCUCGCUUCGUGGGGUUGGGUGCCCUCCUCUUCUCUCGCUUCGUGGGGUUGGGUGCCCUCCUCUUCUCUCGCUUCGUGGGGUUGGGUGCCCUCCUCUUCUCUCGCUUCGUGGGGUUGGGUGCCCUCCUCUUCUCUCGCUUCGUGGGGUUGGGUGCCCUCCUCUUCUCUCGCUUCGUGGGGUUGGGUGCCCUCCUCUUCUCUCGCUUCGUGGGGUUGGGUGCCCUCCUCUUCUCUCGCUUCGUGGGGUUGGGUGCCCUCCUCUUCUCUCGCUUCGUGGGGUUGGGUGCCCUCCUCUUCUCUCGCUUCGUGGGGUUGGGUGCCCUCUUCUUCUCUCGCUUCGUGGGGUUGGGUGCCCUCUUCUUCUCUCGCUUCGUGGGGUUGGGUGCCCUCUUCUUCUCUCGCUCUCUGUCUCUCUCCACACCCUUCUCAUCCCACCUCCCCUUUCUCCUGUUUUAUCCCCUUUCCUUUCCUCAACCCCUUUCAACUCCUCCUCCCUCCUGUACUCCCUCCUCUCAACUCUCCUCCCUCAUCCUCCUUCCUCUCCGAUCCCCCCUCGCUGAACACAACACUGGGCCUGCAGGUGCUCACAGCGCGCAGCCUGUGGACCGACGCCUACUGGUGAUCUCCCAGCAUCAGCUAGACGCUCGAGAGAUAGCUCUAGGCAUCACCAACCUGGAAUGUUCCUCACGUUCCUCCUCCCUGCGCUCCCUCACGCUCUCCCGCACCGGCUCCACUGCCAUUGCCCGCUUCCUCGCCACCGACCGCUUCCGCUCCCCCAAGAGCCUCGCCAGACCUUCCCUUUCUGCCCGCUCGCUCACAAGCCUUCCUUCGGGCAGCCCGAAGGUUCACCUGCGAGUGAUGUCAGAAGGAGGUCAAGGGGAAGCGGGAGGGGGAGAGCUGGGAGGGGAUGUUGGUGAGAGUACAGGUAUCACUGCAAUUAGCAGCACAGGAGGCAGGGGUGAUAAUCAGCGGCAGAGGAGAGUAAUCUCCGUCUUGAGUGAUGGGGAUGCUGCAGGUGAUGGUACAGGGAUCACUGCUGCUAGGGGCACAGGAGGCAGAGAGGAAGUACAGAAGGAGAGGAAUUCUCUGACAAGAAACGACAGCCUGGAAGGAGAUGAUGAGUUACAUUCAGUUGCAUCAUCGGGCACAGUACCUGAACUCGCUUUUGAUCCUCAUGCUGAUCCGAAGCACCUUGAUGAGAAUGAUCGUGAAGUGCCCACUGGACCCUCUGGUGGGGGGGAACUCAGCCAGCAUGGCAUGGUCCUCCCCUUUGAUCCGCUCACUCUCUCCUUCCACAACGUCAACUACUAUGUCGACAUGCCCGCCGAGCUAAAGGACAAGGUUGCGCCGCCCGGCCAGCGGCUGCAGCUGCUGCGUAACGUGUCUGGCGUGUUUCGUCCCGGAGUGCUGACCGCCCUGAUGGGGGUGUCUGGAGCAGGGAAGACCACGCUAAUGGAUGUGCUGGCAGGGAGGAAGACCGGGGGUCACAUCGAAGGGGAUAUCCGGGUUUACGGUUACCCGAAAGUGCAGGCGACGUUUCUGAGGGUGUCGGGGUAUUGUGAGCAGGAGGAUAUUCACACGCCCCAGGUGACCGUGCAUGAGUCUCUUCUCUACUCCGCCUGGCUGCGCCUGCCUGAGGAGAUCGAGAGGGAUGUCAUCCUGUUAUGUGAGAAGGGUGAAAUGAGAGGUGUGAUCAUGGUGAGUGCAGUUAUGUCAGGUAGUACUUACUCCUUAGGUCACAUUUCUCUCUUCUCGCUCCUCGCAUCCUCUGCAGGGCUGGACUCAGGGGCAGCGGCCAAAGUGAUGAGGGCGGUGCGCAACACAGCCAAAACUGGCCACGCAUUGUUUCUCCCUCUUUCCCCCUCAUUCUCCUCUCCCUCCAUCUCCUCACAACCUCGUCCCUUCUCAGGCCUGGAUGCGAGGGCAGCGGCCAUAGUGAUGAGGGCGGUGCGCAACACAGUGAACACGGGCCGCACAGUCGUGUGCACCAUCCACCAGCCGUCCAUCGAUAUCUUCGAGGCCUUUGAUGAGACUUGCCCCUCUCCUCCCAGACUUGCCUCUCUCCUCCCAGACUUGCCCCUCUCCUUCCAUACUUGCCCCUCUCCUCCCAUACUUGCCCCUCUCCUCCCAGACUUGCCUCUCUCCUCACAGACUUGCCCCUCUCCUCCCAUACUUGCCCCUCUCCUCCCAUACUCGCCCCUCUCCUCCCAUACUUGCCUCUCUCCUCCCAUACUCGCCCCUCUCCUCCCAUACUCGCCCCUCUCCUCCCAGACUUGCCUCUCUCCUCCCAGACUUGCCCCUCUCCUCCCAUACUUGCCCCUCUCCUCCCAGACUUGCCCCUCUCCUCCCAUACUUGCCCCUCUCCUCCCAGACUUGCCUCUCUCCUCCCAGACUUGCCCCUCUCCUCCCAUACUUGCCCCUCUCCUCCCAUACUCGCCCCUCUCCUCCCAUACUUGCCUCUCUCCUCCCAUACUUGCCCCUCUCCUCCCAUACUUGCCCCUCUCCUCCCAUACUCGCCCCUCUCCUCCCAUACUUGCCUCUCUCCUCCCAUACUUGCCCCUCUCCUCCCAUACUUGCCCCUCUCCUCCCAUACUUGCCUCUCUCCUCCCAUACUUGCCCCUCUCCUCCCAUACUCGCCCCUCUCCUCCCAGACUUGCCUCUCUCCUCCCAGACUUGCCUCUCUCCUCCCAUACUUGCCUCUCUCCUCCCAGACUUGCCCCUCUCCUCCCAUACUUGCCCCUCUCCUCCCAGACUUGCCUCUCUCCUCCCAGACUUGCCCCUCUCCUCCCAUACUUGCCCCUCUCCUCCCAUACUUGCCCCUCUCCUCCCGUACUUGCCUCUCUCUGCUCAUGCUCCACCACCCCUCUCCUGCCUGUCUCACGGUUGAGCCCUGCAGCUGCUGUUGAUGCAGAGGGGAGGAGAGGUCAUCUACACGUGGUCACUGGGGAAGCAGUCAUGCGACCUCGUUCGCUAGUUCAAGUCCAUCCCAGGGGUGCCGCCCAUCCAUCCCGGGGCCAACCCAGCAGCGUGGAUGCUCGAGGUCACGGCGUCAGCAUCAGCAGGGCGACUCAGAGUCGACUUUGCUCACCUGUUCCUCCAGUCCGACCAGUUCAGGUGAGAACAGCAGAACCUUGGGCGUGGACAGCAGUGCCUCAGGUGAGGACAGCAGAACCUCAGGUGUGGACAGAAGAGCCUCAGGUGAGGAUAGCAGAGCCUCAGGUGAGGACAGCAGAGCCUCAGGUGAGGACAGCAGAGCCUCAGGUGAGGACAGCAGAGCCUCAGGUGAGGACAGCAGAGCCUCAGGUGAGAAAAGCAGGGGCAGAGAACGGCAGUGGUUCAGAGCCUUUCAAGUCAGGUCAUGUAAGCUUCGCAACAAGCUCAACCUCUCCUUUCUAUCACAUCACUCCACAACGCCCUUGUCCCAACUCCUCCGGCUUACCCCUCUUGUCUCGCUUACCCUGUUCUCUCCCUUGCCUUCUCUCCCUUGCCCACGUGUCUCCCCUACCCUCUUCUCUCCCUUACCCUCUUCUCUCCCUUGCCCUCUUCUCUCCCUUGCUCUCUUUCCUCCUUGCCGUCUUCUCUUUCUUCCCCUCUUCUCUCCCUUGCCCCGUUCUGUCCCUCGUCCUCUACUUUCCCUUGCCCCUUUAUCCCUGUUUACCUCUACUCUCUCUUAUCCCUCUCACCCUCAGGUCCAUAGAGGCUCUAAUCCACGAAUCCAGCGUGCCCCCCGAAGGGGAACCGGAUCUUCACUUUCCAACUCACUACCCGACAACGCUGCUCUCGCAGUUCGCCACCCAUGUGUGGAAGCGCCCGCAUGUACUGGCGCAUGCCUGA